CGCUGCUGCAUUAAUCUUUCCUUGCAGAUUUUAUGUAAGAGGCAUUAUUUGCAGGAAAACAAGACAGGGUUUUAAAGAACUCCUCUCUCAUCCCGGGUUCCCAUCUGCAGUUAUAAUCCUCUGAUUGUGACCUCUGAAUCAGUUGCCAUGGAUGCUGAGCAGAAGUUUAUGACCUCGGGGUGGUAAUAGCUUCUGGGGGUGAGAUGAAGCCCUAAGCAAUAAAGAAAAAAAAGGCGGGGGGAGGCACUCCUAGGACUCAUCCUUUACCCAUGUGCUGGCACUCUACAGUUUAGGAACCACUUUUCUGGUUGCUCUGACAAACAGAGACCUGGAUGCUGGCCACAGGAACGCAGGCAGGUCAAAGACUGCAGAUUCUUUUUUGUCCCUUGGACCUCAUUUCCUGAGAGGCUGGAUUAGGUGUUCCAAUUGCCCUUCUGAGAGUCUCCCAGAGUUUCAGGUGUCUUUUCAUUCACUGAUACGGGGUGAGGUGGGGGUGGAUGGGGAGCUGCCUCUUUGUCCUGGGGCUGCUCAGGGGGUUCCGUGGAGCAGCUGCCUUCGGGCCACUGCGGCAAGCAGUGUCGCUUGGUUGGCAGGCAGUGUCGCUUGCUUGCUUGCUCGGAGUCCCGCAGAACCUUACCUCCCUGAAGAAGCAAACACCCUGGGCAGAGGAACCAGGCCAACCUUCGCAGGAUGCAAAAAUACAACAGAGGGCGCCGAACCCACCAGCACCAUGGCCUAGAAUAUCAAUGUAUGGGCUGGCUCCAGACCGCCAAGUUCCUUCAAAAAUGUCCUUGGCAGGGGGGGGGGUCACUGCCAGACUUUCGGGGUUUCGAUUUGCUCCUUUGGAAUCAGCGCAUCACACAAACCCUGUUUACUUAGAAGGGGAGGGGGCGGAGGCCAAACCCACCGCUUGGCGCACACGCCUUGAUCUCACAUUCCAGACUAGAGCUGAUGUGUGUCAGCGCGACAUGGGGCGGGGGGAGGGUUCUGUUUGGAUGUUUCAUUCGCCAUCUGCACGUCACUCCCAAACUUUUCCUCCCUGCGCUUGGAGAGUCAGGUUGAUGCGCCCUGGAUGCGGGGCUCGAGGCGCGGAGCUGGGCGCGCUCCCGCGGAGCCCGAGCUGCGGAGGCUUCCGGGCUGGGUUCGGGCUUUUCAGGUAAUCUGACAUUUUUAAGAGUUUGUUCCCUACGGAGAAAAAACAUCCCAAAGGAACACAGAAUGCAGAAGUAGAAAUCUUCCAGGCAUCUCCAUGGGUAGUGUGCUGGGCCAUCUGUCCAUGAGAAGACCAUGAUAUCUUCAAAUCUCUGGUGUGUCUCCACGUUCUCCAGUGAUACUGUUCCUCCUUUUUCUUGUGCAAUGGGAAAAACUUGAAAGACAAGCAGAAUUAGUCCUGUACUCCUGACAACCUCCAUAUUCCAGUGGCUCCAGUGGAAUAUGACAGUUAGAAAUCACUUCCUUUUGUUGUCUUUCAGAGGUGAGCAUUGCUGGCUGCUCAUUUUUAUAUUUUUUUUCUGUUGCCUUUGCUUUUUGACUAUCUUAUGUAAUCACAAAUCAUCCUUACAAUUCCCAGCACAGUCAUAUGUGUCCAGACUCCUGGGGGACUUGCCCAUGGCUCACUAAGCCAACAGUUCAAGGACACUACCAUGAGGCACUGCAUUAAUUGCUGCAUACAGUUGUUACCUGACAACGCACACAAACAGAAGGUUGGCUGCCGAGGAGGCCUCCAGCACAGUCACCAGGCGUGCCCCACGUGCAAAGGAGAAAAUAAAAUUCUGUUUCGUGUAGACAGUAAGCAGAUGAACUUGCUUGCUGUUCUUGAAGUGAGGACUGAAGGGAAUGAGAACUGGGGUGGUUUUCUGCGCUUUAAAAAGGGCAAGAGAUGUAGCCUCAUUUUUGGACUGAUAAUAAUGACCUUGGUGAUGGCUUCUUACAUCCUUUCUGGGGCCCACCAGGAACUUCUCAUCUCAUCUCCUUUCCAUUAUGGAGGAUUCCCCAAUAACCCCAGCUUGAUGGACGGUGAAAACCCCAGUGAUAUGAAAGACCAUCAUUACCAACCCUCUGUAAAUAAUAUUUCCUACACGAAAGACUAUCCAAGCAUUAAGCUAAUUAUCAACAGCAUCAGAGCCAGGAUUGAGUUCACGAACAGACAGCUCCCAGACUUACAAGAUCUCAAGAGGCAGGAGUUGCACAUGUUUUCAGUCAUCCCCAAUAAAUUCCUUCCCAACAGUAAGAGCCCCUGUUGGUACGAGGAAUUCUCCGGGAGAAACACCACCGACCCCUACCUCACCAACUCCUAUGUGCUCUACUCCAAGCGCUUCCGCUCUACCUUCCAUGCCCUGCGCAAGGCCUUCUGGGGCCACCUGUCGCAUGCGCACGGGAAGCACUUCCGCCUGCGCUGCCUGCCACACUUCUACAUCAUUGGGCAGCCCAAGUGUGGGACCACAGACCUCUACGACCGCCUCCGGCUGCACCCGGAAGUGAAGUUCUCUGCCAUCAAAGAGCCGCACUGGUGGACCCGUAAGCGGUUUGGAAUAGUCCGACUGAGAGAUGGGCUUCGAGACCGCUAUCCUGUGGAAGAUUAUCUGGACCUCUUUGACUUGGCUGCGCUCCAAAUCCAUCAAGGACUGCAGGCCAGCUCUGCAAAUGAACAGGGCAAGAUGAAUCAAAUCAUUAUUGGGGAGGCCAGUGCUUCCACCAUGUGGGAUAACAAUGCGUGGACUUUCUUCUAUGACAACAGCACAGAUGGAGAGCCGCCAUUCCUGACCCAGGACUUCAUCCAUGCCUUUCAGCCAGACGCCAAGCUGAUCGUCAUGCUCAGGGACCCUGUGGAGAGGUUGUACUCAGACUAUCUCUACUUUGCAAGUUCAAAUAAAUCCGCAGAUGACUUCCAUGAAAAAGUGACAGAAGCUCUGCAGCUGUUUGAAAAUUGCAUGCUCGAUUAUUCGCUGCGCGCCUGCGUCUACAACAACACCCUCAACAAUGCCAUGCCUGUGAGGCUCCAGGUUGGGCUGUAUGCUGUGUACCUUCUGGACUGGCUCACUGUUUUUAACAAGGAACAGUUUCUCAUUCUGCGCCUGGAAGACCAUGCAUCUAAUGUCAAGUACACUAUGCACAGGGUCUUCCAGUUCCUGAACCUGGGGCCCCUAAGUGAGAAACAAGAGGCCUUGAUGACCAAGAGCCCUGCAUCCAAUGCGAGGCGUCCUGAGGAUCGGAACCUGGGGCCCAUGUGGCCGGUCACGAAGAAGAUUCUGCAGGACUUCUAUGGGCCUUUCAAUGCCAGGCUGGCACAGGUUCUUGCUGAUGAAGCAUUUGCAUGGAAGACACCGUGAGGGCUGAGUGCUUUAGGCCCUGGGCCCGCCGACUCUGUCAUUGCCAUGACUCUCGCAAUCUCUGUGCGUAGGGAACCGCUUUACUCACAGCGUGGAGAAAACCCUGGAGAUUCCAGUCGUCUCUUUCUCCCCAGGCACCUGUUAAUUAUCUCCAUUGCAGAACUUCCUUUCUGAUGUACUCUAGCUCAGAGACCCCUCGCAGAGUUCUUCUACCUGAGGCCAUUGGAAGCUACACUUUGGCAGGAAUUCAGCUCUGCUCGAAGAGUGCUUGGAGCUGUGGAGAGGAGGCCACAGGAGGUCACAGCCGAGCUCUGCCUGCCCACCUUCUGGAGUCCCAGUCUGGGGCUUGACAAUUCUGGGAUCUGAUCAAGCAGCUAGAGGUCAUGGCCCGGGGUUGCCGGAACUUAAACUUCACAUUCACUUUCCAGUUCUUUGUUCGAUCACAGCCUCAUCUGUGCAGAGAACCCAGCCUCUGUGGAGAACGCAGGCUCUUUCAUUUUCAUUUUUCACUCCCAAGUCAGCCCCUCGGUAACACUAAAAAUAAACCCUGUUUGGUCACUUCCCUGCUUCCAAAAGGAAAACAUCAGUUCGGCAGCACAUUGCUCUGUCUGACCUCCCUCUCUGUCCUCAUAGAUUUUAUUUAUGUUUAACAUAGAAAACGGAUACAUUUAAAACAAACAGCUUCCUGCGUUUGACUAGCCCUAACUAUCUUUUCUGCUUCUCUAGAUGUUUUCUCAAGAAAUUCAGUUUAUAUUUGGAGGGGAAAUUUUUGCUGUCAGUGCUAGAAUAGAGCACCCUCAAGGAAUUGAACACUUCACAGACGGUCUUGGUAACUGAAACCCUCAUCAUGCAUACAGGAUCACGCGCAAACUGAGGGUGUUUGAUUUUUUAUUCUGGCCGGCCACACGUUCCAUCCCUUCACCUUCCCAGUGGGGGGAGUUUAUUAUCCACGUUCUCCACCAAGUGUGGUCGGAAUUCCUCACUCAAGGAACUGUGAGAUUUUGGUGUCCUAAAUCAGAAACACAAUGCACAAGCUAAACUUGGACUGAAUGUGGAAUGCUAGGUUGUAGCGUGCAAUUGCUAAGAGCCAUGAUCAUAGUGGAACUUUCCAGACCUCUUGGCAAUGUAAUUUAUGGUGGAGGUGCUGAAGGCCUUGUCAUUUCUUGGAAGUCAUGAGGAAGACUGGAGAGAAUGCUUGAGCCCUUCUGGCGGACAGCCCCGGGACUGGAGGAUAAUGAAGCAUUGCACUGAGUGUUGUUGAGGGAAGGAAGCUUCCUGUAAACUGAUGUUCCCAGACCUGGUCCUACAAAGUCAGAAAGUGUGAACACUGAAUACCUAGCUGUAACUUGCGCGUGUGAGUCAGGCUGGGCUCCGGUGGUGUGAGGACCUGCAGUUGCUCCGCUGUCCAGUCCUACUGCUGUCGUCUUUCUGUCGUCAGAGGCAGGAGCUCAGCCCAUUGGUAGGUGCACACAGAACUCUCAGCACUGGAGUGCCUGGGCCUGGCUCUGCUCCUGAAGGCGCUGUGUUUCUUGAACACCCACGUACAAGGACAGUCCCCGCCUUUCACUCGUAGCUGGCAUUCAGAGUGGCAGCCAGUGGGAAAAUCUGGCCUGAGCACAAGGAUGCUUUAGGGAGAUAUCACUUCAGUGUGUGUGUGUGUGUGUGUGUGUGUGUGGUGUGUAUUUAUUUGGAACAGAGCGUGUGCGUGUGGGUGUGGGUGUGUUUUCUGAGUGGACUCCCCUCAGUUCUGUUGCUGAUGAGGCUCCUCUGCUCUGAACAGGUUGCCUUUAUAGAUUAAUGUCUCUGCCAAUUAACUUGUCAUUUCCAGUAUAUAUUUUACUACUCCACACCGACCAUGAUUACGAGGGAUUUUCCUUAUGCACUCCUAUGCAUGUGAAUAACAUGUAGUGUAAUCUGCUUCUUACAGAAGUACUACUGAAGGUAUUAUUUCCAAUAUUAUUUGGUUCAUUACCGAUCUCUUUUAUAUACACAAGCCCACCCUUUCUGUGCCCCCCCCAGUGCCAUCAGAUGUGGUUUUCUCUCCAGGGGCCUCUCCAGAGGCCACAUCUGUUGCCUUUGUUUUCUCUGUGUUGAGGCCCUGCACUCGUUGAUAGCACAGGUACCAUUUCAGGCGGUGGCUUUCUAGCCAGUCACCCCAAACCAAAGCGAGAUGGAGCGUUUCUCACAACCUGGUAUUGGAGUUACUUUGUGUUCCCAAAAGCUGUGUACGGAUUGUAUGAAACUGUACUCCCUUAGUCCUGUAAGGUAUGUUAUGUGAAUCACUGUUAUGCUGUACUUUUAGUAAUAUUUAACAUAAUUAAAGAUGGACCCAAGCAACUGGUGCCUGAA